AGUGAAUUCAGGGUGUGGACCUUUCUUGUUAGUCAAUGCAUGCUGGCCAUAGUACAGUGAUAAUUACCAAUGAAGAAGCAAACCAUUGGAGUAUAGAUCAAAGUGCCAUAUCGGUUGUUAAGAACACAUUGCCUGUCAAAGCCAGCGUUUCAUGACGACCGCACAAAAACAAGCAUCAGACUUGACAUAAUAUCAAACUACAUUUAAUGUUGAUACGGCUGACCUACUUUGUCUUAUACAAUUGUGACCUGAAAAUCUUGUCUGGCUGCACGUUGACCAUCGAUUUCCCAGAAAUGGGGUGUUACGUUAGUAAUCACGUAACGUGUACUGGACUGUGAAUUCUAGUCGCCUCUUUUAUAUAGCACAUUUCAUUCUGGCUGGGCACAGAGGACCAGAGGGGCUGAUUGACAAACACCGUCUGUCAUUAUUCUGGCGGGACACAGAGGACCAGAGGGGCUGAUCGACAAACACCGUCUGUCAUAAAACUGGCUGGGCACAGAGGACCGGAAGGGCUGAUUGACAAACACCGUCUGUCAUUAUUCUGGCUGGACACAGAGGACCAGAGGGGCUGAUCGACAAACACCGUCGGUCAUUAUUCUGGCUGGACACAGAGGACCAGAGGGGCUGAUCGACAAACACCGUCGGUCAUUAUUCUGGCUGGGCACAGAGGACCAGAGGGGCUGAUCGACAAACACCGUCGGUCAUUAUUCUGGCUGGACACAGAGGACCAGAGGGGCUGAUCGACAAACACCGUCUGUCAUUAUUCAGGAGAAAGUAAUCUACCUGAGGACGACUUUAACAGAUCCGACCUGCAAGCACACGACAGACAUAGAUCAGAUAUAGAAACCACCUGACAUAUCAGAAUGGACCUUUCCUACGUUGCUGUCCUUCAGAAGAACCACACAUUUCUGAAGGAGAACCUUCAGGUCGACCCUGUGCUGGAUGCCUUGUAUGAGAAACUAAUCUUCACACAGGCAGACUAUGAUAGGUGCAGACAAGCUGGAAUAGAGAAAUGUGAGCUGGUGUUGGAGACGCUUAAAAAGAAGGGAGUAGAAGGUUACAAGACACUCUGUGCUGUCCUCGACACUACACAGCCUUUCAUCAAGGAAAGACUUGAUAGGACCUCAACUGAACCAGGUAGCCCAGAUCUCGUCUAUGUUAACAAGGGCAAGCUGGAAGCUCAGUACAAAAAGGAACUUGCUAAAAAAGAUGGAGAGAUAGCUGACUUGAAAUCAGCAAUAGAAGGCCUUGAGCAACAAAUUGAACAAAACAACAUUGAUCACGCUGAACUGGAGGAAAGAUUGAAGAAAGAAAGUGAUGAACACAUGACAGAGAUAGAAAAGAAGAACGGGGAAAUUGAAACUCUGAAGACUGCAUUGUCAAAGUCAUACGACAACCUGGAGCAGGCUCAAACAAACUCUGAGAAAGUGGAGAAGAAGAGACCUCGUCGAGAUGAAGAGGAUGAAGCGGCUGAACUGGCGGAUCUAUGCAUCGCCGACGAUGACUUGAACAAUAAUGCGACAACUUCUGAGCCAUCACAGAAGAGACCUUUUCGAGAUGACGAGGAAGAGGCGGCUGAGCUGGCGGCUCUCUGCAUUGCCGACGGUGACUGGGACGAUAGUGCGACUACGUCUGAGCCAUUGCGGAAGAGACCCCUUCGAGACAAAGAGGAAGAAGCAGCUGAGCUGGCGGCUCCCUGCACCGCCGACGGUGACUGUGAUGAAAGCCUGCCUUCUACCCUCAAACAACAGGGGGAACCCUCCAACGAAUCGAGUCACAAGAAGAGGCAAGGGUCUCCCUUGUAGACACUGUGGUAAGGUUUUCCGAAAAAUGUUGAAUCUUUGAAGCCAUUGGUCUACAUGUACACAGUGUCCAGUUUCAGUCAUUUUUAUUAAUCCAUCCACUAGUGGUCUAAUAACUCUGAUGUGUCGAAACGAAUGCCUGGAAGAAAUGUAUACACAACAGUUCCUACCCGUGUACAUUCCAAGGACCAACCAAGACUUACCGAGUACAUUAUUGACAGGAUUCGGUGGAUCCAAUUCCACCAAGCCAAUGACUUCUAACCCCAAAAGUCCCAAACAAGCUUCUGUCAUCCCCUAAAGUCCUGAGCUCCCCUAUUCUAGUCAUGAAGCAACAGUGUGACCAAAGCAAGCAGCCUAUAGCUUUUCAUUUUGGAACAAAAACGCUGCCAUCCAUCGAGGUCAUAUGAGGUCAAAUUUAAUGAAAACUGGAGAGGGCAAAAAUUGCAAGCCUUGGAGGAUGAACUUCACGGUAUGAUGGAUGAUGUGUUACAUAGUGCUAGAGGCAAUCUGGCUGACAAUGAUUUGGGUUGUGUUGUCAUCUGCCACAAAGGUCUAGCAAAUGCUGUCGUUGUACCUCUCUGUAAAUUGCAGGAUCUUAAUGCCAAAGUUGUCAUUGAUACCAUUUCCAAAACAUUGGCCAGCAACAACGAAUUGAAAUUGGACUCUUCUUUCGAAGUAGAUGUGAGUAUGAUCGAUAUGCUGAAAGGGGCGGGAAGUCAUCAUGAAGUUUCCAACGUAAAGAACAGCAUCAAAUUAAAGAAAUCCAUCGUCAAAAUACAGAACCAGGACCAACUCUGUGUGGUUCGAGCCAUCUUCAUUUCGUUAUCCACAGCCUACAGAGUCAUACGGAAAGGAUUGAAAGAUUUGGUCAAUGUACACCCUGGUCAAGAUGAAUUUGAUCUCAUUAUGACUCACAAGAGUGACUACUGCCUAGCACUCUACAGCAAAAGACAUGAACAUUCCUGUUAAAAACACUGUAUCAUUUGCAAACACCGUUGCUGCGAAGUUUCCAAACAACUGUAAAGAUUGCAAAAUGACCUGUAAGUCCAAGGACUUUUUCAUAUGUCAUAAGGCACAACCAAUUUCAAAAAAAGAAGAAGAGUAACAGACUUUCUGAAUGCGAGCAAUGGAAGAGGUGUCAGCAUUGUUUGAAAGUACUAAACGUGAAUAAUCGCACUUUGGAUCAGCACAUUUGCGGGGAGUAUAAAUGCAAAGGGUGUAAACAAUAUGUCCCUAAUGAUCACAAGUGUUCUCAUCACCCCACCUCCAACGAAAACAGAAGCGUCUCCAAAUUCUACUUUUUUUAUUUGGAAUGUAUGCAAGAUAAUGUCUACACUUGUGAAGAUGGAUACGUUCCUUAUUUUUGUCAACUUGGCAGCCAUGACUCCUGUACCCAUCACCGACUGUGCGCCAACUGUAAAAGAUCAUCUUGCAGAGAAAUAGAGCAGAGAGCCAAUUGCAUUAUAGCCCAAACAGUUUGCGACACGUGUAAGGAAGAGGACUCAUUGGACAAACCUUGCCCUUCUUGCGGGACGCGUUGUAACAGUUGCGGAAAACCUAACAAAAAACAUCAGUACAUCACUCCUCAUUGCUAGGACAAGUGUGGACUCAAAGAAGUUCAAUUCCGUGGUAAAGAUACGGUCUCAGACUUUUGGUCCUGGUUGUUUUCCAAUCAACACAAACAGUUCACUAUCUUCGCUCAUAACUUUAAAGGAUACGAUGGUUACUUCAUUCUGUCAUAUCUCAUCCAAAACUCAAUGCUCCCUCACAAAGUCAUAUAUAAUGGAAGCAAGGUAAUGUACCUUUACAGUGAAAGAGGUUUAGACAUCCGUCUUCUGGACAGCCUGUCCUUCAAUACCCGUCUUGGUAACUUGCCCAAAAUGUUCCACUUGACCGAACUUAAAAAGGGUAUUUCACUCACUUCUUCAACACCUCAGAUCAUAAAACUACGUAGCACCAUUUCCAAACUGUUCUUACUAUGGCAUUGAUUUUAUGGAUACCGAGGACGGAGUUGCUGGAAUGGCAUGCCGUUUGGUGAUGGUUUUUCGAGAACUUAUGAUCAGGAUCACCAGGGAGACGAGGAUGUAAAAA